AUGAGCACGGUGGACCGCCUGCAUCCCUGCAGACUGGACCGUGUCAAGACAUGCAGGUCGAACAGGGUCAAGAUGAGCACGCUGGACCGCCUGCAUCCCUGCAGGCCGGACCGUGUCAAAUGCAGGUUGAACAGGGUCAAGAUGAGCAAGCUGGACUGCCUCCAUCCCUGCAGGCCGGACCGUGUCAAGACAUGCAGGUCAAACAGCGUCAAGAUGAACACGGUGGACCGCCUGCAUCCCUGCAGACCGGACCGUGUCAAGACAUCCAGGUCGAACAGGGUCAAGAUGAGCACACUGGACCGCCUCCAUCCCUGCAGGCCAGACAGUGUCAAGACAUGCAGGUCGAACAGGGUCAAGAUGAGCACGCUGGACAGCCUGCAUCCCUGCAGGCCGGACCGUGUCAAGACAUGCAGGUCGAACAACGUCAAGAUGACCACGCUGGACCGCCUCCAUCCCUGCAGGGCAGACCGUGUCAAGUGCAGGUCGAACAGCGUCAAGAUGAGCACGCUGGACCGCCUCCAUCCCUGCAGGCCGGACCGUGUCAAGUGCAGGUCGAACAGGGCCGGACCGUGUCAAUACAUGCAGGUCGAACAGCGUCAAGAUGAGCACACUGGACCGCCUCCAUCCCUGCAGCCCGGACCGUGUCAAGACAUGCAGGUUGAACAGCAUGAAGAUGUGCACGCCGGGCUGCCUCCAUCCCUGCAGGCCGGACCGCCUCCAGCUCUGCAGACCGUACCUUUUCCAUUGCCUCCAUCCCUGCAGACUGGACCGUGUCAAGACAUGGAGGUUGAACAGCCUGAAGAUGUGCACACCGUGCCGCCUGCAUCCCUACAUGCCAUGCCGUCUCCAUCCCUGCAGGCUGUGCCAUCUCCAGACGUGCAGGCCGGACGUCCUCCAGACGUCCAGACAGGAGUACCUCCAGAUGUCCAGACAGGAGUACCUCCAGACGUGCAGGUCAGAGCACCCAUACACAUGCAGACUGAACCGCCUCUAGACGUACAGGCUGGACCAUCUCGAGACAUGCAUAUGGUGCUUAAACCAAUCGUAAGAAACUUCUGCUACAGAUGCAAGAGUAACUUCGACACCACUCACUACUGUAGGAAGCCACAAGACAACAAGACUGGACGACCUCGAAUCAUCCUGGCCAGACCGUCUCGAGACAUGCAGUCCUCACAGUGUGCCCAUCAUGAUGUGACACAGCUACCUGACAGAAAAGACAUGCUGUCCAGUUUACCUAGAGACAUACAGACCAGACCACGUCAAGACAUGCACACUGGACAACCUCAAGACAUGCAGAGCACACCACCUGGAGGCAUGCAGACCACACCACCUGGAGACAUGCAGGCCAAACCAUCCGUACAGCAACAAAGGCCAGAGUGUCUCGAGACGUGCAGACUGGACCGCCUCAACACCUACAGGACGGACCGCCUCAACACAUCCAGGCUGAAUCGCCUCGUGACAUGCAGGCCGGACCGCCUCAACACAUGCAGACCGCACAUGCAGACCAAACCACGUCGAGACACUCAGGCCGGACCACCCAUAGACAUGCAGCCAGGACCGCCUCGAGACACGCAGGCCGCACCGCCUCGAGACACGCAGGCCGCACCUCGUCGACACACGCAAGCCGCACCGCCUCGACACACACAGGCCGCACCGGCUCGAGACAUUCCCAGCAGACCACCAGACCAACUCUAG